UGGCACUUGUAUUAUUGUCGACGAUGGCUAUUGUCUCAUUGCAUUUGCAUGACAGCCACGUUGUAGACCAAUGUUAGACAUUCUUCCUCCUACUGCCACUUGCCUACUAUGUUAUCUUAAAAUAUCCUAAACUCUCUUUGAUGCUGAAUAUUGCAACAAACUGUAUUAAAUAAUUUAAGGUUGCCCACAUGCAAGAUCCAAUUCCAGGGACAGGUUCUGUCAGUAUAAAUACAAUUGCCCAAUUCUCCUGUUUUCAUCUCACAACACAUUCAUCAAUCAGCUUUCUAUCUUAGAAAGAAAUUAUAUCACUCAGCGAAAAAAUGGCAACCCUACAAAUCCAUUCCAGGUCCAUUAGCCUGCCUGCUAGAUUAGAUCCCGUCGUCAACCCCACGAGCUUUGAUCAGGUUGAUCUGCAAAAGUGGCAGAUUCCGAAAACGGCAGUUCCCGUGACUUCACAAGGCAUUCAGUCUGGUCUUCUGGGGCUUGCGGAACUGUACAAUUCUGUUCAAGAACUCGCGCAGCCCCGUCGAGAUGUAAAGUCGAUUGAAGAAUCGCUGUCGGGCUCGGUGGAGUUGCUGGAUUCUUGCACUGCUAUUAGAGAACUGUUUCAGAUGAUCAGAGAGAACGUUCAGGCGCUGCAAUCAGCGCUGCGAAGGAAGGGCCUGGAUUCCAGCGUGCAGAGUGACAUAAGCUCCUACUUCUGCUUCAGGAAGAAGAUGAACAAGAGUGUGGCCAAGACCCUGAAAGCACUCAAGAACUUGGAAAGUAGAAACCGCGACAGCGGUAAUUUUAAUGAUGUGUUGAGAGAAGUUGCGGGAGUUACAGUAGCGAUUUUCAGGAGUAUUCUGCUGUUCUUGUCUACGCCCACGUCGGCCCGGUCCGGCGGGUGGUCUUUGGUUUCCAGGCUGAUGGUGGCGAAACCCGCGGCCGAAAACGGUGGUGUGAAUGAGGUCGGGAGUGUGGAUUUUGCUCUCAGUUCUCUUCAAGGGAAGCUGAGGAGCAAUGGGGCUAAGGCUGUCGAUGUUCAAAAAGGGCUGCAGAAUCUUGAAGCCGUGGUGGAGGGAUUUGAGGGAGGAUUGGAGAGAGUAUUCAGGCAAUUAGUUCAAAGUAGAGUUACACUUCUAAACAUUCUCACUGAUCAUUGAGAUAUAUAAUAGACAUGAAAAAUUCAUGGUGUUCAUAUGUCCAAAUUUUGUACUAUACAUUGAGAUUAAUGUAAAAGAUAUAUGUGAUGAAUGAAUCAUCAAUACUUGAUAUAUA